AUUUAGCGCGAAGUUAAUAUCAGUGUGUUGUGUUAAAAUCAAGUACCGGUAAUCGUUUAUUGCUUUCUUAAAAUUAACCUAAAGUGACUCUCGUUUUCGUGUCGGGAUGUUUGACUGACAGAACCUUUGUCACAGCCUGACUGUUGUGGACGGAGCUUUUUCAAAAAAGCGACAUUUAUAACGUUGCAGUUAUUGGUUUUAACCCUCAUUAGCAGGUUCAUGACACUUCUCUAGACGAUGAGAAGGAGCCUGGCCCCCAGCCAGGUGGCCAAGAGGAAGCAGGGAGACGAGUGGACCGCUGAACCCGAGAAGAGGAGAAAACGUGAUGAGACCAAGGAAAGCCACACUUCUCCCUUCAGGAAGCCUCUGACGCAGCUGAACAUCCGGCCUGCGUGUGUGGAUGCUGACAAACAUGAGGCGUUUAUCCGGAGUAUUCUCUCCAGGCCUUUCAAAGUCCCUCUUCCAAACUACUCAGGACCUCUGGGAAUCAGGGCGCUGGGCCUGAAACGAGCCGGAGUGAGGAAGGCGCUUCACGAUCCCUUCGCAGAAGACGCUCUGGUGCUCUACGAGCCUCCAGCUCUGAGCGCUCACGAGCUGAUCAAAGCUGACAAGGACAAGGUUCCAGUCCAUGUUGUCGUGGAUCCAGUUUUAGGAAAGGUGCUCAGACCUCAUCAAAGAGAGGGGGUGAAGUUCCUGUGGGAGUGUGUGACGGGCAGACGCAUCGCCGAGUCCCACGGCUGCAUCAUGGCGGACGAGAUGGGCCUGGGGAAGACCCUGCAGUGCAUCGCCCUCAUGUGGACCCUGCUGCGCCAAAGCCCCGACGCCACGCCGGAGAUCGACAAGGCCAUCGUGGUCUCGCCCUCCAGUCUGGUUCGCAACUGGUACAACGAGGUGGGGAAGUGGCUGGGAGGACGAGUCACGCCGGUGGCCAUCGACGGAGGCUCCAAGGUUGAGAUUGAUAAGCAGCUGGUGAACUUCAUCUCCCAGCGUGGUUUGAGGGCCCCCACCCCGAUCCUGAUCAUUUCCUACGAGACGUUCCGACUGCACGCCGAUGUUCUGCACAAAGGCAAAGUGGGACUCGUCAUCUGUGACGAGGGCCACCGGCUGAAGAACUCCGACAACCAGACGUACCAGGCCCUGAAUGCUAUGAAGGCCCAGAGGAGGGUGCUCAUAUCAGGCACGCCCAUCCAGAACGACCUGCUGGAAUACUUCAGCCUGGUCCACUUUGUUAACACAGGAAUCCUGGGCACAGCCCAGGAAUUUAAAAAGAGGUUUGAGGUUCCCAUCCUCAAAGGCAGGGAUGCAGAUGCCAGUGAUAAAGACAGACAAACCGGAGAAGAGAAACUCAAGGAGCUGAUCAGCAUCGUCAACAGGUGUUUGAUCAGGAGGACGUCUGACAUCCUGUCCAAGUAUCUUCCUGUGAAAAUUGAGCAAGUGGUGUGCUGCAGGCUGACUCCUCUGCAGACAGAACUCUACAAGCGCUUUCUAAGGCAGGCCAAACCCAUGGAGAGCCUGCAGGAAGGGGCCAGAAUAAGUGUGUCCUCCCUGUCCUCCAUCACAUCCCUGAAGAAACUGUGCAACCACCCGGCUCUCAUCUAUGACAAGUGUGUGGAGGGGGAGGAGGGCUUUGAGGGGGCGCUGGAUCUGUUUCCCCCUGGUUACUGCACCAAAGCUGUGGAGCCUCAGCUGUCUGGGAAGAUGCUGGUCCUGGACUACAUUCUGGCCAUGACGAAGACCACGACCAGCGACAAAGUGGUGCUGGUCUCCAACUACACCCAAACACUGGACCUCUUUGAGAAGCUCUGCAGAUCUAGAAGAUACCUGUACGUUCGACUGGACGGAACAAUGUCCAUCAAGAAAAGAGCCAAGAUCGUGGAGAGAUUCAACAGUCCAUCUAAUCCCGAGUUCAUCUUCAUGCUGAGCAGCAAAGCCGGCGGAUGUGGCCUGAAUCUGAUCGGCGCCAACCGCCUGGUGAUGUUUGACCCGGACUGGAACCCGGCCAACGACGAGCAAGCCAUGGCCCGGGUGUGGAGGGACGGCCAGAAGAAGACCUGCUACAUCUACAGGCUGCUCUCGACGGGGACCAUCGAGGAGAAGAUCCUGCAGAGACAGGCCCACAAGAAGGCCCUGAGCAGCUGCGUGGUGGACGAGGAGCAGGACGUGGAGCGCCACUUCUCCCUCGGGGAACUCCGGGAGCUCUUCACCCUCAACGAGGAGACCAGCAGUGACACCCACGACAAGUUUCGCUGCCGUCGCUGCGUGAACGGCACGCAGGUGCGGCCUCCACCGGAGGACUGUGAUUGCACCAGCAACCUCUCUCAGUGGAACCACUGCUACGACAAGAAGGGCCUGAGGGACGUGGUGCUCAAGUCCUCCUGGGACGCUGCCGUGUCCUUCGUCUUCCACCAGCGCUCCCACGAGGAGCAGAAGGGCGUGGUCUAGCAGCGGCUCCGCCACAUCCUGCUGUCCCACCAACUCUACUGUAUAUACCUGUAUUUAUUUGUUCUGCAUGCUUCCUUUAAUAAAAAAUACAUCA